UUUUCUUCUUUUUUUUUGUAUUUUUUCCCUUUUGCUUUAUUUUCCUGCCCCCGCUAACGUUUAACAACCCAGUUAUAAGCGAUGCGUCUGUCAGCACUAAUAGCUACUGUCUGUGUAUCGCUUGGACUAUCGUCUGCCCACUUUCAGCAUGUCUUUAGUCCUCCAGAAGUAGCCAUGCAAGAUCAUUUGGUUUCAGUGGCCGACGAAUUACUCCAUGCCGAAUCCAUAACCAGUUCUUGCAGUAGCUGUAUUUCAAUGUUGCAAAUUGUCAAGAACCUUUCGUACAUGUCGGAAGGCCUUUUGAUCGCGGCAUUGACAAGAGUUUGCAACCGAAUGAGUAACGUAGAUCCUGAUGUCUGCAAAGGCGUCGUCGAAGAACAGGCUCCAAUUUUUCGCAAAGUGCUCAAAACGAUGACGGUAUCUGGGCGUGACGGACAUCUCAUGUGCGCUGCUGUGUUAAAUUCAUGCCCAUAUCCAGACAUUGAACCGUGGACCGUCGCUUUUCCAAAAACCAAGCCAGACGUGAUCCAGACCAAAAAAUCGCUCGGCAAGACCUUCACCGUACUCCAACUGAGCGAUUGGCAUGUUGAUCCCGAAUACACUCCCGGAUCCGAAGCUGUAUGCGACAAGCCUUUUUGCUGCCGUUCGGCGUAUACAGAUUACUCCAAUAUCACACGACCUGCAUCCAUGUGGGGUGAAUACAGUUGCGAUACGCCUUUGACAUUGAUAGAAUCGCUUUUGGAAUUUAUCCCCAGUGUGGCACCUGACAUAUCAUUUGGUAUUUUGACAGGUGACGUACCACCCCAUGAGGUAUGGUCGACGUUGCCGUUCCUCAAAACCCAGAUGAUCCAGGAUGGAUCGUAUCAAUUACUGCAUGCGCAUUUUGAUUCGCCGCAUCUACUGAAUUCCAUGCUGUAUCCUGCGGUGGGCAACCAUGAGUCGGCGCCGACCAACAUUUUCCCUCUCAAGACAUCCAAGAUCCCCAUUGAAGAAAAGCGCGAAUACUUGAAGCUCCUUUGGUUGUACAAGAGUUUGUCUGAAAGCUGGAAAGGCUGGCUCACGCAACAAGACGUAGAAGAGAAUGCAGGAAGUUACGUGGCCCGGCCCGUCAAAGGACUGAAAUUGAUCAGUCUCAAUACCAACUUUUGUUAUACCCUAAAUUGGUGGUUGUAUGAACAUCCCAUGGAAAAGGACCCUAAUGGAGUCUUUGCGUGGUUGAUCGAACAACUCCAGGAAGCUGAAGAUGAGGGCGAACGUGUGUGGAUUAUCGGACACAUUGCACCAGGCGAUAGUACUUGCUUCCAUGAUUACUCCAACUAUUAUCAUCAAAUCGUCGAACGUUAUGCCCCGCACGUCAUUGCAGGUCAAUUCUUUGGGCAUACACACAAGGACGAACUUCAGAUAUUUUACCGCGGUGGUCGAGGCAAUGCCAGCGAAGCCAUCUCUACUGCGUAUGUGGCGCCGUCCAUUACACCGUUCCUUGAUCUCAAUCCUGGAUUCAGAAUCUAUAAAAUUGAUACGGAGACAUUUGAAGUGGUCGAUUCCAUCACUUAUAUCGCCGAUCUGGAUCAAGCCCAUACCUGGACCAGUGGACCGAAUUGGCACGCAGAAUAUUCUGCAAGAGAAGCAUUCAAUUCAUCCAAUGCUCAACUACCUUCACCGACUUCUCCGCUUUCUCCUGAAUGGUGGCAUAACGUCACUGUGGAUAUGGAAAACGAUAAGUCUGUGUUCGACAAAUACUGGCGCUUCCGCAGCAAAUCGGCUCCGCAACAUGUCGAAUGCGAUGAUGAAUGUCGAGAAAAGGCGAUUUGUGGCAUUCGUGCGGGCAAGUCGGAACUGCGAUGUGAUUUUGAAUCUGAUAUUUUUGGAAAAUCCGUUCCAUGGCAAUUGCAAGAAGUGCACCCCUGUGCCAUCAAUCUGCAGAGUAUCCGGUCAAUGAGACGUCAGCAUUAGGCUACUCACCACGUACAUUCUCGCUAUCAAGACAUGACAUCGUUUAGAUACGUACCCUGUGGAUAUUCUCCUUGUUCUCUAUUAUUUAACUUGCACCUGCCUUUUCUUAUUUAUCUUUUUCCAUUCCUGUGUUCAUCUGCUUUGAUCCCACUUCCCUCCCUCUUCCCUGUAUCUCUAUUUUACUCCUGUAUUUUGAAAAAGUCAUUGUGUUUUGUAAUGACCUAUCUUUCUCAAUUCCUUGUAAAUGAUUAUAAAGUUUUGUUUAUCAGCA